CCAGCCUGUUACUGUGAGACAUAAAUUUAAUCCUCCACCAUUGUCAUUAUUUAUGUAGGCCAUUUACUUUCAUAGAGCUUCGACUGGGUAAGGACUGGACUGGAUCUAGAUACAUUUUCUUUCCUAAAAGCUACACGAUCCGAAUGAAGAGUUCUAGGGCACGAAAAUAUUUCCAAAAAAUAAGUUGACUAAUUUGAUUUCAUACAUGCGUUUAAUUCAUCAUACUUUCAAUAAGACCCGCUAGAGGACAGCCUGCUCACAAACGCUGUUGGAACUAUGGUGAGCCUUUUUUGUUCAAACAACUAACAUAAGACAUCGAUUUACUGGAACCAACACAUGGUUCUCUCACUUGAUGCCCACCUUUCCUUAUGCAUACAGUACUUUGUCUUUGAGUAAACUGUCACAGAUGGGCGGGAUUGUAUCCGAACAGAUCUAAAUACAUCCAUAGCCUAUAGACAGUCAAUUGGAUAAAUGGAAAUACCCGAACCAUGAGAUUACAUUGAACGGACUACCUGUCAAAAAUUGCGCCGCAGGUUACACCACAGAGUUGACGUCUUUCAAGAUUGCAUAACCAGAUAGGUUAUUGGGGACAACAUCAGUCAGAGGGUUCUACCCUGGUCCCGGAAAUGGCUCUACCCUGUGCACACUUCAGGUCAUGACGCGUGAGUCCUCCGUGAUGCGAUGCCUGCAGCUGUGCGUGUCCUUGCUGGUGGCGGCCAGACUGCAGGGCAAGGUGACGGCCCCUGAGCGACAGGAGGCCGCGGUGGAGCUCCCGUUCACCCUGUCCUGCAUGGUGUCUAAGGGGCGCGGGGACAGCCUGAGACGGGUGCGCUGGCUGGAUGUGAAGAACCAGACUCUGUUGACCUACCUGCCGGACCAGAAGGACAGCGUGAGUGGCCAGCAGCACGUAGAGCUGGCCUCUUCCCCAAAGGACUCCUCGGCCAUCACCAUCCGUCGUGUGAGCUUCAGAGAUGAGGGCUGCUACACCUGCAUCUUUGACCUGUAUCCCUCGGGGUCACAGGAGGGGCGCACCUGCCUCACUGUCACAUCUCGUGUGACUGCAGAGGGUAACAAGACAGCAGUGAGCGGUAAGGCAGUGGCCCUCUCCUGCUCCUAUGGCCUGCCAGAGAAGGUCCAUCAGGUUCUGUGGAGACAUACAGCAGAUCGUGGGGAGUCCAGCCCAGUAGCCUCCUACGCCAAGCGCAGUGACCCCAUGAUAGAGCCGCCCUAUCAGGAGAGGGUCUGGCUGACCCACUCCCUCUCCACCAGUCAGCUGUCCAUACGACCGGUCAGCGUCCAGGAUGAGGGCUGCUACACCUGCGAGUACAACACCUACCCGGAGGGGUUAAAGAGCGCUACCGUCUGCCUCGCUGUUUUUGUACUGCCUAAACCCCAGGUUAGCUACAAGAACACAUCCCCAGGGGUGAUCGAAGCAAACUGCACGGCCGUGUCCAGGCCACCGGCCGAAAUAGUUUGGAACGUAGAGCGAGACAACCGUACCAUGGGACCCCCUGUGACAUCACAGCUCCAGCAGGGGGAUGGGACCACCCUGGUCAUCAGCACCCUCACCGUUCAAUCGGGGCUGCUGAAGGACGUUUCCGUCAAAUGCCUGGUCCACCACAAGGGCCUGGAGUCACCCAUCGCUGUAUCUAUGAACACCAAGAUUGGAACAGCUCUGGCCAUCCUUAUCUCAGUAACCACCGUAGCUUCUCUGCUGGUCAUAGGCCUCUGCUUCUGCCUUUGGAAGUGUUUCCUACGCAAAGAUGAAGAUGCUGUCUGAAAAUAGGAAAUUUAACUUUAAACAGCCAAUCAGAAAACUGUUCCUCAACAAUGCCAAAGUACAUUGAGCAGAGAGAAGUGAAACAAAGCC